AUGUCGCUUCUCGCUGCUCACCUCGAGCAGAUAGCGGUCUCGUGCCAAGGGAUCGACAGUCUUCCCUUCCCUCCACCCAAGAUCUUUACCAAUGCGCUUCUCUCCAAUCACGACAUCACAUCCCUCAUAAGAGACACAGAAACUCACGAGCGCGCCCUCUUCUCCGUUCCACCCCCGGCACCUCCGACAACAAGUCAGAACCCCGGACCCCCAAAAAUCUCGCGUAGGCAGACAGUUUUCAAUGUUGCCGGGGGUGAGGUCACGACCGGCCCGCCUACCUCCCGUUCAACCAACCCGCGGCGUAACACCGCCGUGGCGGCCGUGCUGGGCGGUGACCUGCAUGCGCAGAUAGUACGGCGCACAGGGGGAGAGAAAGGUGAUGUCGACAUUGAGGUCCUGCUUCACGGCGCAGAGAAGCUGUGUGGCGUAUAUCCUUUGCCUGGAGCGGCUGAACGGAUUCGGGCUCAGCGGCAGAAGUGGGCACACCAGAGCAACACCCUCGCCUAUUAUGAGGCGAAGGUAUCCGAGCAAUCUGAGGCCCUGGGGCGGAUGAACAAGGAUCAUUGGCGGGACGAGGAGGAGGAGAUAGCAGAUGAUGAUGUAGGAGGCAACGGUCUCACCGAGGACGACUUACGGCGGGAAGAAGAGGAGGCACGAGAAUUGGACAAGAAGAAACGCGAGUUGCAGGAGAGGUUACGGGCUAUGGACAAAGAUUUGGGUGGACUGUUAAACAUGUAA